AUGUCACCUCACCUGCUUCAUGAGGAUAUAAAAGCAGCUGUGUGUUUAUCAGAGAUCAUCAAGCAGCAGACAGCAGAGGAUAGAGAACAGCUGAUCAAAGCACCUUCAUCACUACAGAGAAGACACCCAACGCCUCAGAAUAACCUAACAACACUUUGCCAUAAUGAUGAUGAUGAAGAUCUGUGUCGUCCUUCUUCUGUGUGUCGCCUCAGGCAUCGCACAGACAACUACACCGGCCCCUGCAGCAGUAACCGCAAUGGCCCCUGCAGCAGUAACCACAGAGGCCCCUGCAGCCAAAACUACAGCGGCCCCUGCAGCAGUAACCACAGCGGCCCCAGCAGCCAAAACUACAGCGGCCCCUGCAGCAGUAACCACAGCGGCCCCAGCAGCCAAAACUACAGCUGCCCCUGCAGCAGUAACCACAGCGGCCCCAGCAGCCAAAACUACAGCGGCCCCUGCAGCAGUAACCACAGCGGCCCCAGCAGCCAAAACUACAGCUGCCCCUGCAGCAGUAACCACAGCGGCCCCAGCAGCCAAAACUACAGCGGCCCCAGCAGCGAAAACUACAGCGGCCCCAGCAGCAGUAACCACAGCGGCCCCUGCAGCAGUAACCACAGCGGCCCCAGCAGCCAAAACUACAGCUGCCCCAGCAGCAGUAACCACAGCGGCCCCUGCAGCAGUAACCACAGCGGCCCCAGCAGCCAAAACUACAGCGGCCCCAGCAGCCAAAACUACAGCUGCCCCAGCAGCAGUAACCACAGCAGCCCCUGCAGCAGUAACCACAGCGGCCCCAGCAGCCAAAACUACAGUGGCCCCAGCAGCCAAAACUACAGCUGCCCCUGCAGCAGUAACCACAGCGGCCCCAGCAGCCAAAACUACAGCUGCCCCUGCAGCAGUAACCACAGCGGCCCCAGCAGCCAAAACUACAGCGGCCCCAGCAGCCAAAACUACAGCGGCCCCUGCAGCAGUAACCACAGCGGCCCCAGCAGCCAAAACCACAGUUGCUCCAGGAGCAGCCACUGCAGCCCCAGGAGCCGCUACCACUGCUACCUCCUCUGCAGCGGUCCUCAGAACGUGCUUCCUGUCGGUGGUUGCAGCUCUCACUGCAGUCAUUCUGAGUUAAGAACUGGGACAAGGACUAAAAACACACACUGUGUAUUCGUGAAGGAUUUAACUUAACCUGUGGUGUAUUUAUUUAUCUAUUUAUGAUAUUUUUUCUCUGAACAUUGUUCAUUUUAUAUUGUUUUAAACAUACAAUGGAUGUUAUGAUAACAGAUUCACCAACUGAAUGUAUAUUCCUUUUAUAUAAGACAGGUGUUAACAUUGACACAGAAGCCAUAUGAAGCGAGCGGAUGUGAAAACAUGAACAGUCCUGACAUCUAAUGUAAUCAAAGAGAUAUGUAUAGAUUUCCGAUUUUUUGUAUUCAAUUAAAUUUAUGACUGUCUGUGUUGUAUGUUACAGUAAAAAACCAUUUAGUAUUCAAAGUAUUAAAGUGUUACAUGCAAAAAGUGAAAUAAGAGUGUCCUUUAUUGUUAUUUGUUCUGGUACGAUCCGGCAUUGUGAAAAUGAAUGAACAGACCUGGUUCCUAGCCUGAGCCUUUAAGGUCCUCUCCUGUUAGACCCAGUCUGGUUAAGGUAGACACCCUCUCCACAUUUCAGACCAGGCUUAAGUUUUUAGCGGAAUUUUCUUUUAUCUAAACACCAACUAUGUGUUUGUGUGAAAGUGUGAUGUCAGUGACAGUUUUGUAGUAACAGUCAGUUAUUCAAGGUGGCAGACAUGUGGUUAUUAGAGAUUAUAAGCAUUAAAGGAAUACCCCCAACACAUGCAGA